GCAGCGUCACAGUUCAGUAGGCUCGUGCACUGCGCAGAGGUGUGAGCAACAACUGCGCGUGAUCCAGAAGAAGAAACCUGCAGCAAAAGACAAGUGGACAUCUUCUGAAAUAUGGCUGUGACCACACCCUUUCUGGCGUUAUGUGCCUGUGUUUUGGUGUUUUACCAUGUGGAAGCAACAACGGACACCCUGAGCCCUCUGGAUUCUUCUUUCUGUCACGGUGGACUACAGGUCGUCUAUCCAGAACUGGACAUUGACAAAUGCCUCAUAAUUCCAAAGAAACUCAGAGAAAAGCUCAGCAUAGUUUGGAAAGCACCGCAGAUUUACUUCUCUGGAGCAAACAAGAAUAAGAUGUAUGUUCUGGUGAUGGUUGAUGCUGAUGCUCCGUGCCGCGCCAAACCAACAUUUGCUUACUGGAGGCACUGGCUGGUCGUGAACGUACAGGGCGAUGCACUGAAGGAAGGACAGAUACAGGGGACGACCCUCUCUGACUAUAUUCGUCCGACCCCGCCGCAGAAAUCUGGUUUUCACCGCUACCAGUUCAGGUUGUUUGAGCAGCUUCCAGGCGCACCACCGUCACUGACCAAGCAGGAGAAGUCAAGCCGCGGUAAAUGGGAUCUUCAGGCCUUCAUCAAAAGGUUUGAUCUGGGAGAGCCUGUGGCCACUCUGCAGUUUCUCACCCAAGACUACAAAGACUGAAGGAUGUUCAGACACCUGAAUGACUAAUCUGUCACUAUAAUCAUAUAAAAUAAGAUGUUACUUUCCCUGAAUUAAACAGCAUCAUUUCUUCA